CAGGCUAAAUGAAAGAGCUGUUGUUUUGUUUUUACUGAUUGUUUGUUAACAUACUGGUGCACCUGCCCAGAACACCUGCCAUGGGCAUGUCAGUAUAGUGUUAAGCAUUAGUCAUAAGUUAAAGCUGUUGACCAUUUCGCUGAGUUUCCUGAUCCCUCGUCACAUGGUUUGUCAUCAACGUGCCGAGCACAGGCCCUCCUUUGGACUGCCACCAGAGGUUCAGAUAGACGUGUCUGGAAGGCAUGGGAGAGAGUCGCCGGGGACCUGCUUUUACUCGGAAGCACCAACACAAGGGAGAAAAUAAACAUUAAGAAGGCGGAGGGAACGUGCUGCGAUGUGCGCGCGACGUCUUCUGGUUAUGGAAUAAAUUUUUGGGACACUUCGCUUCCUUGGACCGCUGUUGUUAUUUUUAAAAUGGGAAGACGAGCUACGAACUGGAAAAAAAUAAACGAGCACCGGACUUAUCUGUGAAAUUGUAGCCAUUCUGGCAAACGACUGCCACACCUUCGUCCGUGUAACAGGUACACUACACAACUGUCCAGAUGGGUUGCAGUUGCUGUAGGAUGGUAAAAGGUUAUAUCUCUGACCCUUCAGUUCCUGUGGAUGUUCCUGGUUGUAAGCAUGACCCCACCACCAGCUCGCUCUAUCAGUCUAACUUAUUCCCAGAGAAGGGAGAUCACAUCCACAAAAAACAGGGCUUCCACAACCUGGGUUACAGCACCCACCCCAGCUCUACCAAACUCGACAUAGACAAUAACCACUUAAACCUAUUCCACGCCAAUGUUCUGGACCAGCGGGUCAGAACAAGCCAACCUGAGCAUGACCCUAGACAAUACAUCCUCAGGGCUGAGGAGGAGGGGAUGCCCGUCAAAACGUUGUGCGACGAGCCGAUUUUGGGCACGGAACCCGGAAAGCGGGAGGAGAGAUUUCGAGACUCUGGGUUGGGCAGCGGGGGGAUAUCAGAGGGGUCAGAUGGUUGUCCUUAUGGACAAGAGGAGGAAUUCGAGGAGAUGAGAUGCAGGGAGCCUAGCACUCCAGACACGGAGAGCAUGCUGUCUGUGGAUAUGCACACGAGCAGCACAAGCCUCUCCUCAGCGGACACCAAGCUUGUUAUAGACGACAGAGAUGAGAAUGAGCCAGUGGUCAUAGAAGAAGUGCAAGAAACGGAGAAAGAAAGCGACGGGAUGAGCAUCACAGACUCGAUGGUGGCCGAGGCUCUUGCUGCCCUGGAUGCAGCGACGGCAGGAGAGGAUUUUGAGUGACGGCCACGUGAGAAAGGGCGUGGUACUGCUCUUUGUAGAUGUGGAACAUUUCCAUACUUGCUCCCUCACACCCUGCACAUUUGAAUAUAGCCAAAAUAAUAGCUUUCAUAAAAUGAAGUCUUUCUGUAGGCGUCGAUUUCUACUGACUGAAAAGAAAACUUUCAAUUCAAAUGAAGACUUGACAACAGGAGCUGCCUCUUGUUUACACAACAGAAAUCGUCCACGUAAAAGACAGCACACUUGCUCGGAAAUGAAGGUUGUGUGAAUGUUUCUUUGUGAUUCAGUGGACAAACUCACACAAUUUUGUGUGAUUUUCCUUAGUACAGUUUUAUACACAUUUAAAUUCAAUGUGAUAAUGAAAUAAGCUCUAUAUGGUCAGAUAUUCUUUCAGCGGAGAUAAUUCAGUCAAAGCCCUACUUUUAUUUUCAUACUGUUCUGUACAAAGUGAAAAAACUCAUUUCAAGCCAGUGUCCAGGUGUUGGGUUACUUAACUGUUGUACUUUUAGAGAUAUUUAAUGAUGGUCAAACUUCUGUUUGUAAUAGAUUGAAAUCAAGUUCAUAUUUAACAAUCUGAAAGACAAUCAAUAUGCGGGUUUGUGUGAGUACAUUACAUAGUGUCAAUAUCAUAGAAGUUUAGGAAGACAUUUGUCUGACACAUGUCUGGGUCAUAUUUUAGCCUUAAAUUUAAAAUAAAAAAUAUGAUUCACAAAAAGAAGCAUCAUAAACUCUAUUUUUGCUAUAAUUUUACAAAUAAUUUUAAAUAUCUAUUAAAUUAAAUAUUAAAUACAAAAUCGCAAGAAAUAACAAUAAUGUUGAAUUUGAAAUUUAAGAUAAAAUGAUGUUUUAUUUGCAUAUUUUAAUUGCCAAUUCAAUAGAAUGGUAAAUGCUCAAACCAAUAUUGCAGUUGUCCUUCUGAAACCGUGGAUGUCCAAAUUCACUGUUUGUGAAAAAACACAGUACACACUUUUUAUCGGUUAGAGAUAUUUGCAAAAUCCAGUAACAAACAUGAAGGGUGAUUAAUAGUAAUGAUUCGUGGCAAAAAAUAAUGAAAUAUGGAGAUACAAGGUUUCAGAAGGACAUUAAAGGUAUUUUUAAUAAAUAUUUUGAAUAUGAAAUAUGACCUGGGUUUCACGUGGUUCACCAUUGUAUAUUUAUAUUCCUGGUUGGGUUCCUGGUUCUAUUAAGACUGGAAAAAUAAAGUAGUGUGUUGAGGAAUCAGGCCAUUGAAGUUGUUGAUCCGCUAUGCACACAGAUAUGAAUUAUGCCUUUAACCAACACUGGUUAACCAGCUGAGGCCUGAAGAGAAAGAAUCAAAGCAACUAAAUGAACUCCACAGCAUAUGACGCACAUUUCUAUAAAUGUAUGAAAAAAUUAAAGGAGAAUUUCUCAUAAAAAUGAAUGUAAAUCCCAUUUACCAGAAUUUGUAUGAUACCUUUAUGAGGUUAAUGUUUUAAAGUAGUAUUUCCAAAUGUUUCAUGAAGUAUAUGUGCUUUUAUGUCUGUUAAAAUAAUUUCUUUUGAACCAGAUGAGACUAUAAAAAGACGAGAUCAAAUGUAUUUACAAAGACUGAUUUUGCAAUAACUUGACAUUAUGACUGCAUUGAAACAUUUGAAAUGUCACAGUGAAUACUUUAACUUUUUCAUUCCAUUCUUUUUGUCCUUAAAUACCAGACAACAUAGGAUUGUCACAUGAGCCAGGGGAAAAAUAAAAACAAUGUAGUUGAUCAUAAGACUUGCCAUGUAAUCCGUUGACAUUUAUGUCUCAUGGAUAACAGUGCCACAGGGCCCUCUGAUAUAACCUCAUAUUAUUUCCCUCCAGUCUUAACCGAAUGCUAAGAAUUGUCCAGAAGUUUGUGUGCGCAGCAGCAAAACAAUGCCAUAGUGUGUUUGUGAAUGUAAUGUAUGACCGCUACAUUGUGCUGAACCUGCCUGAUGUUUGUUUUCUGAGCAGGCCUGCUAACAGAAUAUUAAAACACGAUUAUGACAAAGAUUAUAAACGCUUUUCAUUUCUGCUGAUGUUUUUAAUGGAUCUGGGGGUGAAAAUAAGCCAUCUUGACUGGGAAUAUAAAGCUAUAUAAACUAUUAAAUUACAUUUUGAAUGCAAGAAACCGUGAGAAUGGAAAUAGUUUCACUGCGGUGUCAUUCAUGUCAGUUUUCUGUUCUCCUCUUUCCAUCAUUUGUGUUCCUGUGUUGUUUCGGAGACAACAGCUGACUUGUUUGCUUUACAGUUUUAAAUCAGAUGAUGAUAUUCCAAUUGCUGCACUGUGGUUUCUAUGGUCAGAUUCAUGAUCAUAUAUUGGCCAUAUAUCAAAAUUUCUACAUGUUUUUAAACUAUAUUUAUUCCUAAAUGCGUAAUGAAUACUUCUGUGUAUAGUUGGAGUGACUAGAAAGAACAUAACAAUUAUACAAAGUAUUUGGAUGUGUAAAAAGCAAUGUGUGCAAUCUAUCUGAACUUGGAUUUGAGUUUAAAUAAGGUUCCUUUAAAUCAAAACGUAAGUGUCAUCAACUUAACCAAAGACCCAGUCACAGUUUUUCUGUAAGGAAAAAGAGAACAUAUGCAAAAUAAUUAUUUACUGACAUGAAACUGUUUGAAUUAGCCUGUAACAAAGUCGCUGAGCAUUUACAUAUCUUUAAAGUCAGUGUGGGUUUGAGUUAAUGAUUCCCAAAUCCUUAAACAAAUCCAGACUAAUGCCACCAUUUGUAUGCUCCAAACAUUUAUAGGAACAGCACAUUUUUGUUGCUUGAUGUUUUUUUGUUCCUAGAAAUAGCAUCAUGCAUGAAGUACAAAUAUAAAACAAAACCAUGUUAUUUUAUAAGGUCACAUGCUGGAUAUUUCAGAACGACAGGAGUUGUGGUAAAGGCACAGACCUAAGGGCAUUAGUUCUGCUUCAGUCAUCUAUUAACUGACACGUACUGAUGUUUAACCUUCUAGAAAUGGACUGCAUAUUUUACGUCUCACGCCUGACUGUGAUCGCUGACUCUGAAAGUUUGUUGUUAAAAAACCAGGAAGGACAUCCAGAAGACUGGAAACAUUUCUACGAAUUAUUUUGAGCUAGACUGAAUUGAUCUCAGGAAAGGUGAAUGCAGUUAAUGUACAGGUACUGUGAUGUUCAGAAUGGAGAGGCGUGUUAAUUGUCUCUUUAGAAGGUCAUAGAAACAAUUAGUCAAAAUGUGUUUAAUUUUUUUAAUGUAUAAAUUCUCCAUAUAAAAGAUUUAAGCACUCAUCAUAUGCAUUUACAUUUAACAAUUCGAUACAUACCUCUGCAAGUCUUCCAUUUUUCUUUUACAUUUGUUCUUUGUCUUCUCAAUAAAGACUAUUUCUGUACAGUA